AUGCAGCGACAAGGGACUGAACCCCCAAUUCCAGAUCAACCGGGGACUCCACCUCGUCCGCCUUAUUCUCCGGUGACGCCCGUGUUUGCUCACCUCGCGCCAGUCGCCUCCAACGAGCCACCAAUCGUGCCGCCAGCUGCAUCUCCCUCUCCAACAUCACACCUCCCUUCGCAGACAUAUGACAACUACUCAAACGUCCCGCCUCCUAUAACCAACCCUCCUGUCUUUAAACCCCGACCGUCCCCUGUCCCUAUCUCCGAGAGUGAGAAUCCAGAUGCCAUCGCGCUCCGUUCCGCCAUCUCGAUCCUGCAAAUGCAGAAGCAGCAGAGCUUGCGCGACAUCCAGGCUUUAGAUCGCAUGAAAGAGGCCGCCGCUGCUGAUCCUGAGGGGUUCGCGCAUGAGUUGGCAGCAGGUCGGUUGAAGACCAAGGACCGUGGUACUGUGAUCCAGUUCUCCGAGGACGAUGCGGGUGACGACGAGAAGAAUGAAGAAGGCUCAAAACGCACGAACCCAGAUGGCUUACAAACGUCGAAUUUUGGCCAUAUUCCCGUUCCGCAGAAUAUCGUCCGUAUGCCCCCAAUCAACUGGGCCAAAUAUCAGGUCGUUGGAGAACCGCUGGAUCGCUUGCACGAGGAGCAAUUACAUCGACCGAGCUCUGGGGAGCCCGGCCGAGGGCGUGCGCCAGAACAUGUGCUGGCGUCGCCGUAUCGGCCGUUGGUAGAUCAGUUGGACGGGCCCUCCAGACUCGGCCGUCCAGGCAAGGUGAAAAAGACUUAA